UAAAAGAGAGUGAAUGUGCGAAAGAGGAAAAGGCGCGCAUAAUUAAGUAAAAUGUGGUUACUUUAUCUAAUAUUAGCUAUUGCAUCGAGCAGGAACGUGGUUGCGUUUCCACAGGACGAAAAUGGUGGCAACGCUGAGGUUGAACCGGUAAGCAACACGUUCGUAGAUGGAUUCAUUUUCGAUGGACCGGUAAACGGAAGGUUCACGAGACCAGAGGAUUCCACAACAGCAAGGAUUACCACUUCUAGCAGCACCACAACAGCUACGACAACCACAACUUCUGCGGUUGAUCCCCAAUUCGAUAACUGUGUCAGGGUGUGUCCGACAACGCCGGAAUAUAAUCCCGUGUGCGGAACGGACAACGUCGACUACGACAACCCAGGGCAACUAAGCUGUGCGGUGACAUGUGGAAAACAAGACAUUUCGAUAAAUUACUACGGAAAAUGCAGUUCGAAAAUAAGGGUAGGAUAAUGCUUUCGUGGUAAAUACGUUUGGUUGAUGGAAGGAAUAUCGCGAAUGCAGCACGCUCGAGAAGACUAGUUGAGGGCAUAUAAUUAUGUAAUUGUCUAUUCAUCGUUGCUUCGUCUUUAAUAUACGUUUCGAUCGAUAGUGA